AUGCGUGGGCGCACUGCUGCUGCGCAGGACUUGGGUGCCUCCUCCACCGCGCAGCCUGAGGUGCGAGAGGUCCGCGUGUGCACCAGCAAGGUCUGCAAGAAGCAGGGGGCAGAGCAGGUCCUGCGUUUCGGCCAGGACCUGGGCCUGAGGGGCGUCGAAAUCACCGCUGGCGGCUGCCUGGGCAACUGCGGCAGCGGGCCCAACCUGGUUGUGCUGCCUGACGAGAUCGUGCUGCGCCACGUCAGCACGCCGGCGGACCUGACGCAGGCGCUGCGGGCGUUCUGCGACGCAGACGUUGGGGAGGAGGUGGGCAGGUACGAGGCCGCCCUGGAGGCGAGCCCGAGCGCCGGCAGCGCCUACAUGGUGCACAGCAACCUGUCGGCUGCCUACAUGCACAUGCGGCGCCACCAGGACGCGCUUGCCGCCGCGCGGCGGGCGGUGGAGGGCGCACCCAGGGGCUUCCACAAGGCCCACGUGCGCCUGAUUGAUGCGCUGUACGCCCUGGGCCGCUUCUCAGAGGCGGACGCAGCGCUGGGCGCGGCCGUGGCUCUGGACCCCUCGUUCACCCGCCAGCCAGAGUACAAGCUCAUCGUGGCGGCGCUCAAGGGGGCCAAGAGGAGCGCCCGCGCGUAG